AUGAGUCAGUUAUAUACAGUCAUACAAUUCUUAAAAGACAGCGAUCAUCCUCAGUCGGUUGUUAGCAUUGCUUCCCGUACAAAAGUAGACAUUGCAAAGAACCCAGCCUUAUGGGAGAAACUCGAGAAUAACGACAAAAUUGAUUACGAUCCAGUCAACAAGACAUUUGCUUAUAAGCCAACAUACCAAAUUAGAAGUAAAGAGGAUCUAUUGAGCUUGUUGAUUCAGAAGAAGAAUGAGGGUGGUAUGGAUUAUAAGGAUUUAAAGGAUUCUUAUUCCAAAUUGAGUAGUGCAGUGGAGGAAUUAGCAACAGAGGGGCAAAUUCUUGUAGUUAGAAAUAAAGACGGAAACCCACGUGUACUCUUUCAUAAUGAUGCACAAUACAACACAACCAUUGAUCCAGAAUUUAAAAAGAUGUGGUCUGAAAUCCAUAUUCCUGACGAAACUGAUUUACCCAAGGCAUUAGAGAAUGCUGGUCUCAAGACAAUGGAAGUGUUUGAAAAGAAGAUCACAUCGGAUACCAAACCAAAAAGAUCAAAGACAAGAAACAAGCGAAUCAAGAUUACAAAUACUCAUUUAUCUCAUAUAGAUUUGUCAAAGGAUUACGUUCCCAACAACAAGAAAUAA